GGGCCGAGCCGGGCGGCGCUCCCCGGCUCCGGGGAUUUGGGUGCGCUGAGGCGUGAACUGGUUUUGGGCCGAGAUACGCGGCUCUCGGCAGGGCUGGGGCUAAACCAGGAAAACGGCCUGCGGGGAGCUCGUUGCAGAGCCAGAAAGUUCCAGAAAUGGAAAACUCGCUUCGUUUUAAAGCGGGGAGCAACACGGCGGCAUCUGACGGCUCUGCCGGGCCUGAGGCUUUCUGUAGUCCCUCGGCUGAUGCUUUGGGAGGGCGGUAACAGCGAGGUAGGGAGCGACUGUGGGCGCUGCCGGGUGCCUGGGACUCGACUCUGCUGUGAGGGCUGCGUGGCUGAACACCUUCCGUCUGCGUGGAUCCAGGCCUCCUGCUAGCUCGAUGGCAUUAAUCAAAAUUGCUCCGUCAGCUACAAGUCGCAGGAAGCACUUGAUUUGUUCUGAAGUUCACUUUUCCCAUCAGCCGCCUGGGUUUGAGAAUAAGAAGUCAGCUGAAACAAGCUGUUGGAUAUUCCACGUGAUGUUCUGUGCAGGAAAGGAAAGCUGUUGUUGUAAGGAGCAGGAAAGAAUAAAUAGCCCCACACCUUCUCCGUGUUUACUCUUGUGUUCAGCUUAGGGCGUUACUGCUUUUAGAUUUCAGUCACCAAGGAACUUCUGCUGAGGUUUGUGACAAACUGAUUCAUCAGUAUUUCAGUACCAUUUUCUGCGUUGAGCUAGCUUAACAAGCAAAUACUGCGCAGUUGCAGCUGAUCUUGCCAGGUGGUCUUCUCGCUCUGGAAAUACUCUUUUAAACAUAAUGUGGGUCGAAUGUGAAUACUGUGUUGGACUUCAAGUGAGUGCUUGUGCUUAAAAAAGGACCAGAGAAGAAUAUGUAAUUGUUUUUACACCUCCUACGUUAGUGCUGACAGAUUGUUCUGUGUGAUUCAUUGCUCGCUCUCCAGAGCAGAAGUUUUAAGCGCUUAAGCUCUGUGUUGGGAGAACGUCGUUCUUGCCUCUGAGAUGGCAUGAAAGUGCUGUACAGCUGCUGAAGCCUCUUGCUGUUGUAUCCGUAGCUGGCUGUGAGACAUUCUGUACUGUGAGACUUGGAUUGCGAGGCAUCCAGUAAUCACAGGCAAAACUUGGUUUGUCAAGAGAGAGGGUUUUUUUCUUCAUUUCUUCCCCUUCAUGUGUCUAAGUUAAAUCUAAUUAUGCUGUUGUGUAACAGACUAGGUUUAAAGGCAGCUACAAACACUCAAUGGCCUACUCUUGUGCUUGCAGCAGAACAGAAGGUCAUGCAAGUUCUUCAUUGGCUCUUACACUAUUAAAACACCAUAGAAUCAUAGGAUAUCCCUAUUUGGAAGGGAUCCACAAGGAUCACCGAGCCCAACUCCUGGCUCCACACAGGUCUACCCAAAAACUCAGGCUAUAUGACUAAGAGCACAGUCCAAAUGCUUCUUAAACUCUGACAGGCUCAGUGCCGUGACUGCGUCCCUGGGGAGCCUCUUCCAGUGCGCGACCACCCUCUCAGUGAAGAACCUCUUCCUGAUGUCCAGCCUGAACCUCCCCUGCCUCAGCUUGACACCAUUCCCUCGGGUCCUGUCACUGGUCACUAAGGAGAAUAGAUCGGCGCCUGCCCCUCCACUCCCCCUCAUGAGGAAGCUAUAGACCACGAUGAGGUCUCCCCUCCCUCUGUAGCCCAGUGACAACAGGAUGCUUGUACCUCAAAGCAGGACCUGGUUGGUGACCAGGAUUAAAAUAGGAUAGGAGUUUCAUGCUCCCUUUCCUUGGACUGUCAGUUAAAUGUUUGUUUUCCCAGCAAGCAGAUACAAAAGCCUUCUAAAGUUUGUCUUGGAGUUUAAACUUUAGCUGCAUGUGGUUCUCACUUGUCACACCCAAGCCUGUGCUGGAUGUGGCGUUCUUUCAGUAUGAAGUCCUGGUAGCUAUAAUCUUUAGUUGUAUGCUAUAAUAUUUGCCCAGUAAGGGCAAUUGUGAAACAGAAGCAGUACAAGUAAUAUGCAAUAGAUUGCGUAUAUACAUCUAUCAGGAAAUAAGCAGAUGCUUACUAACUUUAUAUUUAUGAAAAGAUAACAAAACUCUCUUCCCUUCCUCCUUUCUCCCCCACUUUCAGCCAUUCCUUCUCUGGUAGGGUUUGCUCUGGCUAUCAAACCUACUAUGCCACCUUUCUCCCCUCUUCUUAUACUGCUACAAGUAAAAUGUUACCUGGGAGGUUUCUGUCUCUCUCUCAUAGUGGCUUUACAAGCCCCACAAGUAAUUUCCAAAAAAAACCCAGCCUUCUCAGGGGAGGGUUAAAAACGCUUCUGUUUUUGCUUUUCUAGUUCAACUGCAUCCAUACGGUUGUGUUUUCAUUAGUCCAUCUUAGAACAACAGCCAGAAUGUCAUUAUGCUAUAAAAUCAAAACUCUUCCUCCAGUAUCCCCUAUGUUUGAUCUCUUUUCUUUGGCUUGCUCAUACACCAGACUACAGGGGCUGAAUGUCAUGUGUGAAAACUUGGAUUUAAUGCAUGGUCCUUCUCAAAGCCAUUUCAAGCUUCAUUUCAAAGUUGAGGAGAAAUGAGAAUCUCACAUUAUGGGCUUAACUUGUACUUACUUAAAUUCAUCUUGGAGGGAACUAGUGACAAUUUGGAAGACAUACAAGUCAUAAAAACAGCUUUCUCCUUCCUGUUUAAACAGUUUCAGCUUUUGUUUUGGUGAGAUUUCGAGAGUCAGUGAAUGAAAAAAAAAAAGGAAGAGGAAGUUCAGAAAAAGGGAGGGAGAAAAGGAUGGAGGAAGUGAGUUUGCUUGGUCACUUGACACUGCAGAGUAAAGGGAACGCAGGUCAAGGGAACAACUUUGAAAGCAAGGGGUGGUGGUGAGUCAGGCAGCAGUCACCAGUGUGACUCUUCUCCAAGUUGCAACAGCUGUAAUCGUGAACUUGUGCAUUUCCCAGUUAAACUUAAGAGUGGCCUCUGAUAGUCCCACUGGAUUGCUACAAUCGCACGUUUGUUCCACUUGGUAUUGUUGUGAAAUACUGACUGAUCACCCCCAUCUUCCUUUUCUGUCCACCGGAUAAAGUAACAAUGGCAUUUGUGAAGAGCGGCUGGCUGUUCCGGCAAAGUACUAUUUUACGGCGUUGGAAGAAGAACUGGUUUGACCUAUGGUCUGAUGGCCGUUUAAUAUUCUAUGAUGAUCAGAAUCGCCAUGAUAUAGAAGAUAAAAUCCACAUGCGAAUCCAUUGCAUCAACCUCAGAGUAGGGAAUGAAUGUCGAGAUUUCCAGCCUCCAGAGGGGAAGCAGAGAGACUGUUUACUGCAGAUUGUUUGUCGUGAUGGAAAGACAGUCAACCUCUGUGCAGAAAGUGCAGAUGACUGCCUGGCAUGGAAAAUUGCUCUUCAGGAUGCCAGAACACACACAGGCUACGUAGGAUCUGACGUGAUAUAUGAUGAGACAGCCAUUUCCUCAGCCCCUCCUCCCUAUACAGCUUAUGCUACACCAUCACCUGAGGUUUAUGGCUACGGUCAGUACAAUGGUGCAUAUCCUGCUACGGGUCCUCAAGUCUUCUAUGCCUCCAAUGGACAAGCCUAUGCUGUUCCCUACCAGUACCCGUACCAAGGACCUUACGGCCAACCCCCUACAAACCAUGUCAUUAUUCGAGAGCGGUACUGUGACAGCGAUGGAGACCUUGCACUCAGCAUGCUUGCUGGAGCAGCGACUGGAAUGGCUCUGGGAUCAUUAUUUUGGGUCUUCUAGACUACCCAUUCCUAAUCUUUGUAGUUCCAAAAACCUUUGUGUGCAAUAAUAUAUUGGCAAUGUUGUUUACUGUUCAACUUUUAAAUGCAAUAGUUAUUUUUCAGUAGCAACAUCUUAACUGAUUCUUAACUGUCCAAAGGAGAGUUUAAAGGCACUAUUUAGUUAAGCUCUGUUCUGAUGUAGUAGGGUCUGUAGUGAUAAGGAUCAAUAUGAGCACCAGUGUAACACACUAGCAGUCAGUAGCUUAAUGAACAGACUGUUAACAAACACUGUAGAAGGAUAUUCUUGGGGGGUCUAAAAUCCAGGCCAAACAGCAGGUUUAUAGGAGCCCUGAAUUAGCAUAUAUAUACUACUGGUUUCUGAACAUUCCCCACACAAACAUACAGCUCAGUUCAAAGUCCUUGGCAUCAGGCAAUCUGCCAUGCUUAAGGGCUUUCUGCUUUUAAACUUGCCUGCAGAUGGUAGUGUGUUUUCUUAAAUGGAGUCCUAUACUUGUCUUUGACACCAUCUAGGCAAAGUUGUCUGAAAACAUAUAAAGCAAACUGCUAAGAAGCAGUGGCAGUCCUCAGUUCUUUUAUUCUCCCAGAAAUGUGAAUGACCAGUGGCAAGGAAGACCAGUAUUUGGUGUUCCAGCUUGCUCUUUAUCCUGAAUCACUCCCAUCUGUUCAGAUGGGAGCAAUGGAUCUUUAGUUUCACAAGUUGUCCUCCUUGUCUGUAGAAGUCAGUCUCAUCAGAUGCUGUAACCACCACACUACUGAGGAAGAAGCCAUUGCCUGAUCUCUUUGAUAUCUCAUGACGACAUUGCUGUCUCUGCAGAAGGAGAGCUAACUUGAACAACCCUUGCCUUGUCAGCCCUGCCAUUUUUCCCUCUGCAUGCAGUAAUAGUCAAGAGAGAAGGGACACAAACAGCACAAGUGCAUAUCAGCUGCCUUGCCACAACUGGGAUAGCAUCUGCUUCUCCUCAGCCUGCAAGGUUUCCUGAACCAGGUUCAUUAUUUGCAACUAGGUUUGAGCACAGCUGAGACUGGGUUUGUUCUAUGCACAGUACCCCUCACCUACAACAGGUUUCUUCUUUGCUUCCAUGAUUUAAGGAAAACACUCCAAGGAACCUAUCUGGCUGUUUAUGGUUUUGUGGCUGGUUCCUUACACAAUAUGCUCCUGUGCUAUGAACUAAAACCCAGAGUGCAACCAUUGUGUGUUGUAGUGUUUCAUUAUCCUGCUGUAAUCCAUGCUGAGCUGCGCUUGGCAGAGGAAGGAAAGCUGAGAAGAAAUGCACCUUUCUUAAUGAAGUAAAAAGAGGCAGGGUGCCCAAGUUGAAUUCUGUAUAGUAAGAGGACUUAUUUUUAUACUUUCGCUUUCAGCUUCCUGUAAUCAUACUGUUGUAAUGUUAAGGCUUUCUUCUUUUUAUGCUUUCAUUCAGAAGUCAAUUUAUUUCCUCAGGGUUCAGAGGGUUUCAGGUAUGUCAGAAAAGAUGAAAGUAGAUGAGAACUUGCAUCUGUAUAAAUAUAGGUCAAGCUCUGACAUUUUUCAUUUCAUGCUAACACUGUUUUGGCUGUAUCCUAUGUAUUAAAGCAACAGAGGUCUUAGACAAGUUUGGAUAACAGGCAAGGGAAAUACUAAGUUUUCCUGACUCUUAGGACCAACACCAAUUAACUGAAGUCAUCAGAAGAAAAACGUACGUUGUCUUGGCUGCAUUACUAAGAUUGGACCUAAUCCAGGGAUCGUAAACUUUCAAGAAGCUUUGGCUUGGAGCCAUAUAUCAAUGUCCAUGCAUGUCCUUUCAAAGAUUAAUAAAAGCUGCAUAUGUUCUGCCAA